UGACAGCAGUGUUCCCACAGGAGUCCAUGCUGCGAGUCACUUCAUUACACUUUGCUCUCUUCUUCUCCCUCCUCCCUCUGCCUUGCUCCUUCUCAGGAUUGACUGCCACCUGUUCAACAGACACCUGUCAGACAGAGAAGGACUUUCCCUCUGCUCACGCCAGCCACACAAAGAAGGACACUAUCACAGACUCUCAGCUGAGCCUGGGCGCACAUUGUUCUGCUGGACUAAGGAGGAAGCAGGUGGACUGUAAAGAAAACAGAGCAAAGACAGGAGAGAAACUUCUAGAAGAAGCAUGUCGAAAGAGGGAGACAAAGCAGAUGUGAUUCGUAGCACCAAAGUGCGCACCAAACUGAAGGGGGAUUGCAGCUGGCUGCAGCGCCGUGGUGAACCUGAGGAAGAAAAAACAGAGGAGAAACCAUGGCUAGCAGAAGUAAGGGCCGGCCGUGCCAAUGGAGUUCCUACUGAGACAAGUCCAGUUUCAUCACCAACAAAACCCACCCCACCACCUACAAACUCCGAGCCCCAAAAAGCACCAACAUCAGGAUACAUGUUCAGAGGUGUUUUCACUAAAGUAGACAAGCCCGAUCCACCCAAAAAGCCAUUAUUGGUUAACGGCCCAAGCGGGACAACACAAUUCACCAAAAAACCUUCAGAGACCUACAAGAAAAUAGCCCCCUACACUGUGAAGCCCUCUUUGGAAAAGCAGGAGAACACGCUUAGCCCCGAGGAGCAGGAGAAACGGACGGAGGCAGCCAGCAAUGUUCUGAGGAAAUCUGCUGCCCGGCAACGCUCCUAUGUGCUUUCUGCAGCAAAGAAAUAUGAGUCUAAAGCAGAGGACUCCCCACCUGUCAACAACACUGUGGCUUUUGUUGCUAAAAGGGUGGAGAUUACAGAUGAUGAUGAGAGUGCUGCAACUCCAGCACCUGCCAGCUCUACACCUCGCUCCCCUGUCGCCCCCACAACAUCUGUCGCCACCGCUCCUCAGCCUAAACCACGGAAAACAGCUGACACCAGUGUUAAAACACCUGUUGAUGUGGCCAUUAUAAAGCCGCUGGCACCAAAGGUGGAGGAGAAAGUCGCCACUCCAGAGCCGGCCAAAGAAGAUCCCGCUCCAGUGUCUGUGGAUGUGCCAGUGAGACCAAAGGUGGAGGAGAUAGUGGCUGCCCUAGAGCAUGCUAAAGAGGACCCCACUCCGGUGUCUGUUGAUUUGCCAGUGAGACCAAAGGUGGGAGAAAUAGUGGCCAACCUGGAGCAUGCUGAAGAAGACCCCACUCCACUGUCCGUUGAUUUACCAGUGGGGCCAAAGGUGGGAGAAAUAGUGGCCAACCUGGAGCAUGCUGAAGAAGAACCCGCUCCAGUGUCCGUUAAUUUGCCAGUUGGGCCAAAGGUGGAAGGAUUGGUGGCCCCCCUCGAGCAUGCUGAAGAGGACCCCACUCCAGCGUCUGUUGAUUUGCCAGUGGGGCCAAAGGUGGGAGAGAUGGUCGCUGCCCUAGAGCUUGUUAAGGAAGACCCCACUCCAGUGUCUGUUAAAAAGCUGGACGUAGCAGAGGUAGAAAAAGAUGUCCCUGUCCCGGCACCCACCAAUGAGGACCCCGCUCCAGUUUCUGUCCCAGAAAAGGACCCAUUUGAAGGCAUGAAGCCAGGGUGCACCAAGGUGGCCACACCUCUCCCUGUACUUCUCCCUCAGUUUAUUCAAGCUGUCAGCACAGAGUCAGAAACAGGAGAUACAAAACCUACAAGCCAAGAUGAAACUUCUCUGGUUGACCUCACCCCAACACCAGAAUCACCUACGCCAUUGUCUCCUCCAGCUGUCCCACUUUCACCUAUUCCGUUGUCUCCUACGCCUGCUCCAGCUGUCCCGCUUUCCCCGGUCAAAGUGUCUGCUGUAACAGAGAUCACAGUGAAGUCAGAGCCUGAACCAGAACCUGAGCCAGAACCAUCUCCAAAACCAGGCUCCAGUGUUGACACUCUCAGCGCCUUGUCCAACACCCUGAUUUCUUUCAAUACAACUUCAAGCAGUGUAAGGAAUGAUGAGCCAGAGCUGGCAGAGGAAAAAGGAGGCUCAGCGGACAGUCACACCUCAGAGGACGGUGAUGAAGAGGAGCCAACUCCAGAAAUGAGCAACUGUAUUCCAAUAACAGAUGAUCUCCUGCCACUAACAGACAGUCCCGAGGAGGGAGCCGAGCCCAUUCCCCUCAGCCCGGGACGCUGGAGUCAGGAUCUCCUUAGUGGACUGGACAGAGAGUCAAACCCAACAAAACCUUAUGGCACCGUGGAUCUCCUGGCUGAUGAUGUCAUUGUAUCGCACACAGAAGUACGCAGCCUCAGCACGCAGCCAGAGGAGGAGAAACCGACAGAUGAGACAGCCAAAGAAACACAAAGCUCCACGGAGACCGUCACUGUAACCACCAAAACUGUGAUCAUUACUGACAAAAGUGAAGAGGAUGGUGCAGAUCCCUGGAGCUCGCAUGUAAAAACAACUACAGUCACUACAUCAAGCUCGGCUGAUCCGUUUGAUCCAUAUCCGAUAGGGACCACAUCCCCUAACAGCUCCUCUGACCUGCUCCAGCCUCUCUCAGAUACUUCCAUCAACAGGGUGUCAGCCACCUUCACUGAGAGCAAAGAUCCAAGUCCACGCACACUUACCAGCAGUAAUGCUUUGGAAUCCCUUGCAGAUGAAGUCAUCCCUAAUAACACGGAGGCUACAAGCACCAGCACUCGGCGGUCAUGGACACGCACGUGGGAAAGCAGCACGACUCGGCAGACUUACACAGAAAAGAGCGAGGAGGCUAAACCGGAGGGCCAAGCCGAGGAUCAAAACAUGAUGGUCAUGUUUGAGCGAAAGUCCAAGGAAAAUGACUCCCCAUGGGACCGAUGGACAUCACCCACAGUCUAUACUAUCCCAGGACAAGAUGAAGAAGAGGAAGAGGAGGAGGAAAGCCCUGAGGACACACAGACACAGACAGUGACAACAAUCACCACUAUCAGGGAGAUGCACAGCGAGCCAGAGCCGGCUAUGGAUCGCUAUGACACCUAUUCCAGGACUGUGAGGACUGUGAGAGAAGAAGAGCAGCGUGUCCAAACACCAGAGCCCGAAACAAAAAAGGGGUUUGUGUAUGUAAAGGAGUACGUCAAUGCAACAGAGACCUCCCUGUAUAAUGCCAGAGACACAGCCGAUGGUGUGUCCGAUUAUUUCACAUCAAGAUCUGCAAAUUACUCAUACAGCAGCCCCUCCAGCGGCUCUCUGUCAUCCACCUGUAACUACUGUGGAAAGCAGGUCGGCAACGAUGCCAGGAUCUCCAUCGAGCACCUCAACGUCAACUGCCACCCUGCCUGCUUCAAGUGUGGCGUCUGUGGUAAGCCAAUGGGAGACCUACUCUACAGCAUGUUUCUACACGAUGGGAAAGUCCACUGCGAGAGCUGCUACUCCAAAGCCCUUGACUGAUUAUCAAAGCUCCUCAGCAGCCUCUUAUCCUCGUCACCUUCCCUUCACGUUCAUUUACAUAUAAAGUGAGAACUGGUCAGGCAUAUAGUUCAGGCUGCUUUUGGUUUCAACUUAACGAUAGUGAACAUUAUGAUUAGAUAGAUAAUACCAUCUCUUACAUUAGGUAAAUUUCUAAUUUCUCACACAUUAUACAAGCUUGAGUUCUUUUUCCUGUUGGUGUAAGCUGUAUCUGCCUCAGUAAACUAUGAAGGAUGUUUGAUAUAGCAGACUAAAACUGGAUAGUGGGGUACUAUAGUAUAAUUACGCAGCGUUAGUUGUGCAAGAAAAACAACUUUGUUACAAAAUGUUUACUCCUUUUUUCUCUUCUUCAUACAAAACAGUGUGUUAACAUGUAUUAUGCUUUGUUAUGAAAAUAAAAUGAUUAAUAUAA